AUGAUGGAAUUUGGAAUUCCAAACCUUGGUAAAAGGGUUAUGGCCCAUGUCAUUGACAAUUUGGCCGAGACGGAUCCUGACAGGAAAGUGUGUUCCAUUCCAGAGAGCCCCGGUAUCUCCGAGGUCUUUGUGGACUUCAGCGUCAAGAACCUGGCACACGCGAUCAACUACAUGUCCUGGUGGAUUGUGAAAGAAUUUGGAAAAAGUGACUCUUUCAACGAAACCUUGGCGUACCUCGGAUUAAAUGACGUGCGUUAUCUGGUGGUGGUUAUUGCAUGUAACAAAACUGGCUACAAGCCCUUGCUAUCAUCUACGCGUAACUCCCAGGCAGCCCAUGUUCGCCUUUUUGAGAUGACAAACUGCUCUAAGCUUGCUUACAGCUCCGAGAAACGACGAAAAGCAGAGGAAAUAUGCUCCGCCGCCCCUUAUGUUAUCAGCUAUGAAAUACCAUCAUUGGAGGAUAUGAUGUCCCAGGAUACCAGUGCAUAUCCGUUUUCGGGGACUUUUGAGAAUGUAACGAAUGAAGUGGCAUUCAUAGCCCACAGCUCGGGAACAACAGGAUUUCCGAAGCCAAUCCAGCUUACAUUUGGAUAUUUUGGUGCUUUGGACUAUGGAGCCCACGUUCCCAUUCCACCAGGCCGAACAGCCGGAGUUCCAGAUAGAUUGACCCCUAAUGAUUUGAUCCUUUCCACAACUCCAUUCUUUCAUCUCAUGGGGUUUGCGUUGCUUAUCAUGGCCGAGUUCCAUGGAAUUCCGUGCGUGAUCCUGCCAGACAAGCCGCUAUCAGCGGACCUAGUGAGCAGCGUACUUUCCAGUACUCAGCCUACCGCAGCACUUUUCCCUCCAUCUAUCCUAGAGGACCUUUCUGCAAAUUCCGAAUCGAUACAUGCCAUCUCCAAACUCAAGCGUGUGUAUUUCGGCGGUGGACCCCUCUCUCCCGAGGUCGGCCGCAAGGUCAGUGAAUGUACUCAACUUGUUAGCUUCCUUGGAAUGACAGAGGGCGGCUUCGUGUUGUCCCUUCUACCGCAGAACGGAGACUGGUCUUACUUUGAGUGGAGUCCCACAUUUGGUAUUGAAAUGGAACACGUCGAGAAUGGACUACGUGAGAUGGUCUUAUGCAGACACGAAAAACCUGAACUUCAGCCAAUUUUCCACACAUUCCCCGAUCUAGAAUGCUAUCACACAAAGGAUUUGUACUCGCCACAUCCAACUAUCCCCAACCUGUGGAAGUUCCAUGGUCGUUUGGACGAUGUGAUUGUGCUCAAUAAUGGCGAGAAGUUCAACCCAGUCACAAUGGAGAAGGUUAUUGAGGGACAUCCCUUGGUAGCUCGAGCGGUUGUCGUUGGGCUCGGUAGAUUCCAAACAGCCCUGUUGAUCGAGCCGAGCUGGAAUCAAUGGGAUGCUGUUCCCCCGGGGAAUAACUUGAUUGACAUUGUCUGGCCGAAAGUGCAGGAGGCUAAUCGUAUCAGCCCGGCACAUGGACAUGUCAUGAAAAAUAAAAUCGCACUAGCAUCCAAAGACAAACCUUUCGCCAUGACACCAAAAGGAAGCACCCAGCGAAGACUUGUGACAGACAGUUACAAGGACGAAGUUGAAAAACUCUACACCUUACCCGAUGUGGAAGGGAUACCAUUUACCCUGCCGCCCUCUCCAGAGUUCCCAAACAUCGUCGAAUUUGCUCGAAAUCUUGUGUUCUAUGUUUCGGAUAUCAUUUCAUGUGCAGAUGAUGCCAAUCUUUACGACGUCGGACUUGACUCAUUGCGCACCAUACAGCUGGCGUCUGCCCUCCGGGCAACCGGGUUCCAGGAUAUAACUCCGCAAAUGAUCUAUAUACACCCUAGCAUCGAAGAGAUCGCGAUUCUCCUACACGGUAUUCUAUAUGGGGCACAGAAACAGACAAUUUCAAGGCGUGAAAAGAUCGACCGGCUGGUCACAAAUUAUACGACUGAUCUCCCACAACAGAACUAUGUCCACAAUGUGUGCGGUACGGACAUGCUUACCGUGGCACUCACAGGAUCCACUGGGUCACUUGGCAGCUAUUUGCUUGAUUCCUUGCGAUCUGAUAAGACUGUAGGCAAGGCGUACUGCUUAACAAGAGAUGGGAAGGAAGAAAGGCAACGAAAAGCGUUUCAAGAACGUGGUCUGGACCCGACCAUCCCUGAUAAGGUUAAAUUUGUUCAAACAUCCCUGGGCGAACAUCAGCUCGGCAUUGAUGAUGCCACAUAUCAGGAGAUGCUUCGAUCUGUUGAUACUGUCAUACACAAUGCCUGGAGGAUGGACUUUAACAUUUCUGUCGAUUCAUUCGAACAAGUUCAUAUCCGAGCUAUGCGCAAUCUGAUAGAAUUUAGUAUAAAGAGUGCGCAUCGAGCUCACAUACAUUUCCUCUCUUCCAUCGGAGCCAUUGGAGGAUGGACGAUACUCAAUGGGCCUGUCAUUCCUGAGCUUCCAUUCGAGGAUUGCGAUGUUGCACUUCGCCAGGGAUAUGGAGAGGCAAAACAUAUAUGUGAGCGCAUCUGUUUGGCCGCCACUCAAACGGCCGGGGUACCAACUAGCAUUCAUCGCCUGGGACAAAUUGCCGGACCGCGCACGGAAAGUGGUUUUUGGAAUGUGCAGGAAUGGCUGCCCGCCAUUGUGGCCACCUCCAAGUUUCUCGGCAAAAUCCCGUCCACUCUAGGGGAAUUCCAGGUCGAUUGGGUUCCAGUGGACCUGCUUUCUAAGAUUGUUGUGGAAAUCGUUCACACCCGCCAAAAGACACAGCGAGAAAGUCGUUUCUCGGUUUUUCACCUAGUCAACCCUUCGACUACAUCGUGGAAGAGUCUUCUCCAGCCAAUCCAUGCCCUCUAUGAGCUGGAAUCAGUGGAGAUGGAGCAGUGGAUCGAAGAACUGAAACAAAUAAAGUCCCCGACACGAGAAGACCUUGCAAAUAAGCCUGCGCUGAAGUUGCUUAGUUUCUACCAAAGUCUCGUGGAAGGUCAAGGGGUUCUUUCCGUCCCUCUUGAGAUAGAACACACAAAAGCGGCAAGUGCAACAAUGAGAUCACUGCCACCGAUUACGCCAGAUAUGAUGGCGAACUGGCUGAAGCAAUGGGCGUUCUAG